AGUGGUCACGGAGAGAAAGUCCUGGUAGCGUUGCUAUGGCGGCGUCGGGUCGGAUCCGAGCCCGCAGUUGGAAAGGGGUCCCCGGUAAGGGCCGGGGCAGGUGGAAACCCUACUGUCAGCAACCUUCUGGUGCAGCUGAUAGGGCCUGAAAGAUAGUGGCAGCCUUGCCUUCAGCAGGUCAGAUCUGGUUCCACGUAGGCAUCAGUUCUUGAUGUCUGCAAACAGUUUGGCGCGGGCGUGGGAUUGACCCUGCCCGCCUUCCGAGGACAAAAGGAAUAGUGAGGACCACUCGGGAAACUGACUAAGCACCAGCAUACUAUCGUGAUGGACUCUCCAAUGCGAUUCAUCUAUGUUAGCUGUAAUCCACAUUAUUUUUAUCUGUGCAGGUAAAACAUUGCCUACUCUCUGCAGCUUAAAGCGGAAAUCCUAACAUUAAUAAACACUACUUGAUAUAUUUAUUCAGCGCUAUCAAAAAGACAUUAAGAUUAUCCUUGCGAGCAAUCUAUAGUUUUUUUAUGCACUUUCCUGUACAGUUCCUAAUGUAUUUAGAUUACGCCUAUUUUCCAGUAAAACAUAUUUCUAUGCACGGGCCAUAAAUGUUAAGUCAACUGCAUUACAGCUUUAGUCAUGGGACAUCUAGCGAUGCUGUUCGUUGCAUUUAUCGGUCAUUCCUGUGCAUUCGGAAGUUUAGUUCAUCAAGAAGCUAUCACGUAUACAUCCUCAAUUAUAAAGAAUCUAGCGGACAAAUACUCUGGAACAUUUGACUGCUGGUUUUAUAAUAUCUUGACAAAAUCACCCCAAGAGCCUAUUGUAGACGUCCUGAUAGCAGAACCUCAACUAUCGUUGGUGCCAAAAUUGAUGAUGACAAUCUCCAAGCCUACACAAAUCACUCGACAUCCUGAGCUGGUUGUAAUUUACUGUGAUGACUAUAGAGCUAGUUCGUCACAUAUGUGGAAUAUCCUGAUUGGACAUGCGUUUCACGCUCCCACAAAGUUUAUAGCAAUUUACCAGGAGGAGCACGGCUAUGAAGUCAAUAUCAUGCACCAAAUGUUUUCCACCGCCAAACUACACAACGUGAUCUACAUAAGGACUCCCAAGCUUGCAAUCAGUUACGAGCUCAUGUAUACGAAAAAGGUUUUCAACCGUACCGGAGCAGUUUCGUUUGAUCAGUUGUUCGUCGAUCAAAUACGUGAUCUUGGUGGAUACACUAUGGAUGUUUCCGUCAUCAACACCCUUCCAUCCACGGACCUUAGUACUCGCCGAAAAGGUAUUCGCGCUGAGUGGAUUCGAAAUACGGCUGCAGCAAUCAAUGCAUCUUGUGAAUUCUACAAGAUCGACUGUGAUCGUAUGGAUUCGGCUUGUGAGCAGAGAGCCUUUGUUUUAAAUCAAACAAAGCUGUACGAUAUGAAUUUGGAUGCUAGCAUUUUUAGUGAAUUAGUGCCCCAUUUCAUGUAUUCAAUGAUCCCGAAUUGUUUACUGAUAGUUGUUCCACGAGGAGAUAAGUUGCCAAUCUUGCAACUGUUUAUUAUUCCGUUUAGCUACGAAGUGUGGAUAAUGUUGGUAGUAGUAUUGACGAUUUGUGUGAUUUUGAUGAUUUUUUUUCCUGAUUGGUUCAAAAAUGAUUUGAUUCUUCUGCCAAUAUGUGGAUUCGAGCGCCGUACGUUACACGAUUCGUCGACAGUGGAAAAAAUUCUAGUCAUGUCAUUGACAGUGUUUGCCUUUUUGCUAUCAUGUGCAUAUGAAGCUAAAAUAAUGGCCUUACUUUCGGAAUCACCCUACGAGCCUGAUCCAAAGACGUUCGAAGAUUUAGUACGAAAAAAUAUCACAGUAUACUUGCAUACCAACGAUUCGUACAUUUUUCAAGAUAAUCCGAAACUGCAGCAGGUAUUCAAAUUUAAACCAGAAAUACUUAAAUAUGUUGGCGAAUGUGGACCUGGAUUUGGCUAUGCCGUCACCGCGAAUUACUGGCGGCAUGCGAUGAUGGAUCCCAAAAACUACGAUCCCAGAACAGGUCGUAGUCGAUUCGCCGUCCUCGAGCGAUACACAAUGGGUGGUGCAGUGAUGUUCCACUUUGUUGGCAUUCGCAAUCCACUUCGCGAAAAAUUUCAAGAAACCGAAAAAACUUUUCUUGAAGCUGGGUUGUUCACAUACUGGGCAGAAGACUACGCUCGAGAAGUUUUGGGAACGUCCUAUUCAUCAAAAUUCGAAAGCCUGGACACAUCUGCUAACGAAUGCUUUGUGUUAGAAGACUUUAUACUAGCUUGGAGGAUACUUUUACUCGGAUGUGCUGCUGGAUUCCUGAUGUUCGUACUGGAAUGGUGUUCUACUUCUUGUGCAGCUUAUUCUCGUCGGAUUUCGGGACAUAUUUAAUUUUCAUUUGGAUUUUCAAAAAACAAUGAUAGGAAGAGGAGUUAUUAUUUCGCCAAUGAUAACAAAUGGAUCUACGGUACUUGUUCAUUUUUACGCACCAUAUACAGCUAUUUCGAUGAUGGAAAGAAACGUGGCUUUAAAAAUUAACGUCGAGGAAUAAUCAGAAUUCAUGCAGUAGAGGACGGAGUGCUCAGAAAAAAUCUAACGUAAGCUUUUAGGACAAAACGGCAAUAAAGAUUUUUCACAGUAUUCCAACAAUGUUUCAUUCUAAAGAGUUUAUUCUUUACAAAAACUGAAAACCAUUUGGCUAACUGGUCUAUAGAUGGUUAGCAAU